AUGCUCAUCUUACUGGCUUUUUGCGCUGCCCUUGCGGCCGCUCAAAGUUGGGAUAAGGUCGUCGACCUAGGGUAUGCCGAAUACCGAGGCGCUACCAACGCAUCGACAAAUGUGACUACCUUCCUGUCAAUCCGAUAUGCCGCACCUCCUACCCAGGAACUGCGCUGGCGACCACCUCAACCCCCUCUUGUCGCUCGCAACCGCGGAGUUCUGAAUGCUACGACGCCCCCACCACAAUGUCCCCAAGCAGUUCCACAGAUCAAUAGUUCCCCUUCGCUUCCAUUGCUUCCUCCCGGUGGGAACGAAGAUUGCCUAUUUCUGAAUGUGCACUUCCCAGGACCCACCGUCCCGCGUAAAAAGUUGCCAGUUAUAGUAUGGAUUCAUGGUGGAGGCUUCACAAUUGGCAAUGGUGCGGCAUACAACGGAGCGGAUCUGGUGACAGAGGCAGACAAUGGGGUUGUGGUCGUUGUCAUUCAAUAUCGACUCGGCAUAUUCGGCUUUCUACCCGGAUCGCGAGUCAAAGAGAAUGGAGCCUUGAACGCAGGACUACUUGAUCAAGAGUACGCCCUUCAAUGGGUACAAAAACAUAUCACAAAGUUCGGUGGCGAUCCAAAUCAUGUCGUUAUAUGGGGGGAGUCGGCGGGUGCCGGUUCAGUACUACAGCACAUGGUUUCUCGGGAUGGGCAAACACGUCCUCCUCUGUUUGAGGCAGGAAUCACAAGUUCGACAUUCCUUCCUUCCCAGUACCUUUACAACGAUACAGUUCAGAGCUGCAAUUCCGCGGCCGAUACUCUUGCCUGUUUGAGGGCUACAAACUCGUCUAUCCUCCAAACUGUUAAUGCCCAGAUUGUCCACGACGGCUUCUUUGGCACUUGGACCACUGUCCCAGUCAUCGACGGGGAAUUCAUUCGGCGGCGUCCAACUGAGGUCCUCCGUUCGGGAAGGGUCAAUGGACGUGCUCUUCUCGCAAUAUCUAACGCCAACGAAGGGGCCCUUUUCGUAAAUCAGACUACCGCGGCAUCGGGUAACUCCUCUCAAUACUCACUAGAGCUCUUCCCUGGUAUCACGCCGGCACAGAGCGUUGCCAUCGCAAGUUUGUACGGCAAUUUAGGAUCCCCGACUGAACAGGCGAAUCUGAUCAUGGGCGAAUCCAUCUUCGUUUGUCCUUCAUAUUACUUGUUGCGAGCCUUUCCAGGUGCUUACAGGGGGAUAUUUGCCAUACCUCCGUCAUACCACGCGGACGAUUUGCCAUUCUACUUCCCCACUGGCCUGGGUCCCAGAUUAUUCAACAACACCGAGUUCAUUACCUCGUUCUCGCAGUCAUUCUUAGAUUUCGUCCUCCAUUUCGAUCCGAACAUCAAAUAUGACGAAAACAACAUCACUCCACCCUGGGAGCCCUACGCGCCAACGAAUACGGAGAUGUUGUUCAACCGGACCGAGGACGGCCAGCUGGUCAUACGCCCGGAGACGACUGACCCCGCUCUUCUGGAGCGAUGCGCCUUCUGGGAGUCCAUCAGCAAGUUCACAGCGCAGUGA